CGGCUGACGCGGCAACGCCUGACUGUUCCUGCUGCGACGGUGGCGACUUUCUUCCUUCCUUUCUUUCCCCCUCCGCCCGCGAACGCCGGGAAGGAUUCAACUCUUUCCAAUUAUCUCCAAGCUUUAUCCCCCCACUACUACCACCCCACUACCGCCCCGCCUUCCUCACCGGGAUCCUUGCGGUGCUCUCUGAGGCCGUGUCUUGCCGCCCGUCGUCGCCGGCGCCGAGAGAGCGGGAUCCUGAUCCGCCAGCUUGUUCGACUAUAUAUCUAGUAGAGUCAUCUCCCUCCAGUUAGUAAAAAUGUCCUUUCUCUGGAAAUCAAACAACAGUGGUGCAACAGAGAAAACCUUGACCCUGGAAGAACAGCAACAGAAAAUAGAUGAGUUACGGAAGCAACUUGGUGAACCCUCGUCAGUAGCAAUACAGGGUUUCCUUUCGGAUGCAUCAAUAUUGAGAUUUCUUCGAGCAAGAAACUGGAAUGUGCAGAAAGCAAGUAAAAUGCUGAAAGGAGCUGUCAAGUGGCGGGCAUCAUACAAGCCAGAAAUGAUUUCCUGGGAAGACAUUGCACAUGAAGCAGAGACUGGAAAAAUAUAUAGGGCUGACUACAAGGACAAACUUGGAAGAACUGUUCUUGUGAUGAGGCCAGGCUUAGAGAACACUACCUGCGGAAAAGAUCAGAUCAAGUAUCUUGUUUACUCUCUGGAGAAAGCGAUUAUGAAUUUGACGGAUGAUCAGGAGAAGAUGGUGUGGCUGACAGACUUCCAGGGCUGGUCACUGGGAAGCACGCCACUGAAGGUGACCAGAGAGACUGUGAGUGUUUUGCAAGACUGUUAUCCUGAGAGACUGGGCCUAGCGAUCCUUUACAAUCCUCCUAGAGUAUUUGAGUCUUUCUGGAAGAUAGUGAAGCCAUUUUUGGACCAUGAGACGUACAAGAAGGUGAAGUUUGUGUACUCAAACGAUAAGGAGAGCCUGAAGAUAAUGGGAGAGGUCUUCGACCUUGACAAGCUUGACUCGGCAUUCGGGGGAAGGAAUACAGCCACCUUUGAAUACACAAGCUACGCUGAACAAAUGAAACUGGAUGACAAGAAGAUGCAAUCUAACGACACAGGCUCUGACGCUUCAAGCGAGGCUUCCUUCUACAGUGGAACGGAUUCCCCAAAGCACGGAGAUGGAGAAGCGAAGGCCUGAGUUGCUCAACUGCUAAUAUUUGCUCCAUUUCGGAGGUGGAUAGGUCAAGAAAGAAAAAUACACAAUCAUCUAACUAGCAGACCUUUCGUGCCAGUUUACAAUCCUCUUGUUGAUCCUGUUAUUUGGGUCCAAGACAUGGAAUGUUAUCUGUCCGUGGUAUACUAUAGAAGUUCCUGAAGGAAAGUUUGCACCAGAACCUGUGAUGCGUUGACAUCUACGGAGUAACUUAAAUGAGAAAUCUUAUAACUGAUGUCCUGUCGUUGCAGGCUUCUAUACGGAAUAAUUUGGUGCAGCUCAUGCGUUGCAUGAGUAACUUUAAA